CCUAACUCGUCGCGUGCUCGGAGCUCGGAAACCUCGAGAACAGGCACUCACAAAGAAAGUUGAAAGUUCGAAGUCUCUGAGGAGGCGGAAGCGGCAUUCGCAGGCCUUUUUACUCCUUCUUUUUCUACCUCGUGCUGUCCGAAUUAAAUUCCAUCAAGAUGCCAGAAGACGCAACCAUGGAACAAGCGGAAACUUUCGUAUUCCAGGCGGAAAUCGCCCAGUUGAUGUCAUUGAUCGUCAACACCUUCUAUUCUAAUAAAGAAAUUUUCUUAAGAGAACUGAUCUCCAACUCAUCAGAUGCCCUGGAUAAAAUUCGUUAUGAAUCGCUCACUGACCCAUCUCGUCUGGAAUCUGGCAAAGAAUUGUUCAUUAAAAUUAUUCCCAACAAAAAUGACAACACUCUCACACUUAUUGAUUCUGGAAUUGGUAUGACCAAAGCCGAUCUUGUCAACAACCUGGGAACCAUCGCCAAGUCAGGAACAAAAGCAUUUAUGGAAGCUCUGGCUGCCGGAGCUGACAUUUCCAUGAUUGGUCAAUUUGGUGUUGGAUUCUAUUCAGCCUUCCUUGUUGCUGACACAGUCACAGUAGUUUCGAAACACAACGAUGAUGAGCAGUACAUCUGGGAGUCCUCAGCUGGAGGCUCAUUCACUAUUCGUCCAGACCAUAGCGAACCUCUCGGCCGAGGCACAAAGAUCAUCAUGCACAUGAAAGAGGACAUGACUGAGUUCUUGGAAGAGCGCAAGAUCAAAGAAAUUGUUAAGAAGCACUCACAGUUCAUUGGUUACCCCAUCAAGCUGUUAGUCGAGAAAGAAAGAGACAAGGAACUCAGUGAAGAUGAGGAAGAAGAAGAGGAGAAAAAAGAGGACAAAGAAGAAGACAAGGAUACACCUAAGAUCGAGGAUGCUGAAGAUGAUGAAGGAAAGGAAAAAAAGAAGAAGAAGAAAACCAUCAAAGAAAAGUACACAGAAGACGAAGAACUCAACAAAACAAAACCCAUAUGGACUCGAAACCCAGAUGAUAUUACAACAGAAGAGUACGGUGAAUUCUACAAGUCUCUUACAAAUGACUGGGAAGACCAUUUAGCCGUCAAACAUUUCUCUGUUGAAGGCCAGCUCGAAUUCAAAGCUCUUUUGUUCGUCCCAAAGCGUGCUCCAUUUGACUUGUUUGAAAACAAGAAAAAGAAGAAUAACAUCAAGUUGUACGUCAGACGAGUAUUCAUCAUGGACAAUUGCGAAGAUCUCAUACCUGAGUAUCUGAACUUUAUCAAGGGGGUUGUUGAUAGUGAAGAUUUGCCUUUGAACAUCUCUCGAGAAAUGUUACAGCAGAACAAAAUUUUGAAAGUGAUUCGCAAAAACUUGGUCAAGAAAUGUCUUGAAUUAUUUGAAGAGUUAGCAGAAGACAAAGAAAACUACCAAAAAUUCUACGAGCAAUUUAGCAAGAACCUGAAAUUGGGCAUGCACGAAGAUACGCAAAAUAGGAAGAAAUUGUCAGAUUUGCUUCGUUACCAGACAUCUGCCAGUGGAGACGAGUCAUCCUCUCUGAAAGACUAUGUUGCUCGAAUGAAGGAAAACCAAAAACAUAUCUACUACAUCACCGGUGAAAGCAAAGAUCAGGUUGCAAAUUCUUCAUUUGUUGAACGAGUCAAGAAACGUGGGUUUGAAGUUGUUUACAUGACAGAGCCAAUCGAUGAGUAUGUUGUACAGCAACUGAAAGACUACGAUGGUAAGAAUUUGGUAUCCGUCACCAAAGAAGGUUUGGAACUCCCAGAAGAUGAAGAAGAGAAGAAAAAGUUCGAAGAAGACAAAGUGAAGUUCGAAACACUGUGCAAGGUCAUGAAAGAUAUUCUAGACAAGAAAGUAGAAAAAGUUGUGGUCAGUAAUCGUUUAGUUGAGUCUCCAUGUUGCAUUGUCACAUCACAAUAUGGUUGGACAGCCAACAUGGAGCGAAUCAUGAAGGCUCAAGCUCUUCGAGAUUCCUCAACUAUGGGCUACAUGGCCGCUAAGAAACAUCUUGAAAUCAAUCCAGACCAUGCUGUCAUUGAUGCGCUCCGCGUGAAAGCAGAAGCUGAGAAGAACGACAAGUCGGUGAAGGAUCUUGUCAUGCUGUUGUUUGAAACAGCCUUACUGUCCUCAGGUUUUGCGUUGGAAGACCCUCAAGUGCAUGCUGCCCGAAUUCACAGAAUGAUCAAACUAGGUCUGGGUAUUGAUGAAGACGAGACAGUUCAUGUUGAAGAAGAAAAGCCUGAUGCAGCUAUGCCUGCUGCCGAUGGCGAUGCAGAAGAUGCAUCCAGGAUGGAGGAAGUUGAUUAAACCAUCCAUUAGAAAAUCCAUUGUCCAAUUCAACCUAGCCGUACAUAAGUGUUCCUUGUAACAUCUAAAGUUGAAACUUUUGGUGGUUAACCCAUUUUUGGAACCAUCUCCCUUGGAUUGAAAGAUCCACAGAAUUUGAAAUUAUUCUAACUUUGAAAAGACUGUUGUCUCUUCUAGUCUGUAAUUUUCCAAUAAACCUUACUUUUUGUAAUACGCUCUCUUUUCCAAGAUUCUGCUGUUCUUAGGCUUAGGAAUUUGUUUACAUCUUUACUGUAACUUUACAAGUUAAGACUUUAUCUGGCUCUUCUUUCAAUAAAACCUGAUUUUUCGUCUAUUUCA